AUGUCGACACCCAACAACAACAAGAAACCCCUCAUGUUUAUCCAGCUUGCGCGAAAGAGUGUUGAAAUCCACACUGGCCUAGUGAACAACAUGUUUGGUAUCUUCGUCUUCGCCAUGGCCAUUACCACCUUCACCUCCAACUCCUCCUCCACAGCCUCCAGCCCUGCUCCUAGCCCCCCAAGCGUCCCUGGCUGCGACCGAGACAAGAUGCGUGGGCAGAUCAUCAUGUGUGAGCGAUGGCUAGCGUGCUUCAUCGUUCUCUCCAUGAUCUCCAUCAACCUGGUUCGGAUCCUCAUCGAGAGUGCACACGAGGCCCACCAAUGGGUCGCCAAGGAGGAGGAGGCGGCGUACAACGCCGCGCGCGACGCCUACACGCUGGCCUGCAGCAACCUCGACAAAUACAAGUCCACCCUGGCCUACCACCACACCAACGCCCGCGAUCCCGCGGCCGAGGAGCUGCAGCUCCGUACGGCGGCUUUGAAGGCCUCGCAGGACAAGGAGGACGCCCUCGUCAAGGCCAAGAAGCGCGCCGAAAGGGAGAGGGACAGGUUAGUGCCUAAGCAAGGCUUGGAGCGGAUAGAGGGAUGGCGGUUAACUGUGAUCCGUGGGUUGUUCUUCUUUGCGGUUCUUUGCUCCCAGAUUUCUUGCGGGUUUGCGGCAGCAGCGUUCUACUAUUCCCGGCAGAUAGAGUCGCACUGUGCCAACGGUCCUCUUGAGAUCCUGCCUUUCGUGUUGAUCGGAGUCGUUUCGCUGCCGUACCACAUUUUCCUUCUCCUGAUAUCACUGGUCGGGAACUGA